GGAGAACGCAUCGUGUUGGUAAGUAGCUGAAAAGAAGGACCAGAGGGCAGAGUGAAUUUGUUGGAUUGGUGAGCUGGAGGGUGGCAGUGGUUUUAUGGUUAUCGGAAAGCUGGGUGAUUAGGGCAGAUGGGUGGUGACGUUGUUGGUGACACCGCGGUAUCCUGUAUGAUUGCUUUCUGUUUCUUCGUGCGCCGGUAUACGCAAACAUGCAAUGUCCCCCGCGCGUGUAUCCCGUGGUAAGCGCACCGAUGUAACUUGGCUGAGUGCAAGAAGGCAUCCUCCGCGAGAUAAGGCGAGCCGACCCAGACAGUGGACGAGGAAACCCGUUCUCAUGUCGCUCAGUGUGAGAUCCCUCAUCACUCCCGUCAAUUGUACAUUUCCUUCGCCAACCACUCUCGCACUUUCUCCGUCUCCGUCCCUCUGUAUCAGUCUAGAAAAAGCACAGAGCUCUCUACAUGUGCGGUACUGCACCAACCAGUACCGUCACCAUCCUGCGGUCACAGUAUCAUCCUCCAGUACUCGUGGGAAGCGAUUCGACCACAAAGACUGUGUAGCGCAGGGGUGAACGUACUGCUGGAACGCAGCAAGCCCAUUGUUUCUUCUUGUAGCAUGCCUUCGGACUCCUGACGCGCUUUGGAUCUUCGCGCGGCGACCGGACCGCCCAGGUUGUCUUCAUCUCGG